AUGACAACGAAUGGCGACCAUGUCACCCAUGACUCGGGCACUGACAAUGGUCUCAACAUCUAUAAUGCGCGCUCAGUGGCGGACAUCAAAGCCGCCCUCGCGAAUCUCCAUGAAAGAGACCAGGUCGUAACGGCUCAGCUUGACAGCCUCGUAGCUGCUCAGAAGGACUUGCAGCGGGAACUUGGGCGUAUGGACCUCUUUCGGGCCACUCUCAGUACUCAAGCAUCAAAAACGCGAUCAAUCAGCAAUGGCAUGCUCUCAGAUGCCGCGUCCACGGCCAAUCGAAUAUCGAGCUCCGUGAAGCGACUCGACCUUGAGCAGGAACGUGUGAAAGCGACGCUUACGGUUGUCGAGCAGGUUGCAGAGCUCAAGGCAUGCGUGCUAGGCGUAGCAGGGUCGAUGGGUGCAGCACAGGACUGGGAAACCGCGGCAAGCUAUCUGAGUAAAGCCUCGAAAAUUCCCAAGGAGGUCAUCGAGGGCGACUUUGCAGCCUGGAUCGUUCCCACGACAGAAGUUCCAGAUGCGCCAGCAGUCACAUUGGACAACGCUUCCGAGUCCCUGUGCACACUCUUCCUCAAAGAAUUCGACAAAGCUGUUCAGGAAAAUGAUGGCGGCAAAAUCACACGCUUCUUCAAACUCUUCCCACUGAUUAACAGAUCAGAACUUGGUCUUGACGUCUAUGGUCGCUAUGUCUGCCAAGGUGUCGCUACUCGAGCCAGAGCAAAUUUGAACGCUGGCACUGGCGGUAAUCAGAGCAAGGAUGGCUUCUUCUAUGCUGGUGCCCUCACGAAGCUUUUUGAGCACAUCGCUUCGAUAAUCGAAGGCCAUGGUGGUCUUGUUGAGCGACACUACGGUGCAGGAAAGAUGUCGCGGGUCAUUGAAAGGCUGCAAGUUGAGGCAGACCUGCAAGGCGGAAUUAUCCUCGACACCUGGGCUGACGAGCGGAGGAUAGAUCGCCAGCUCACCGAUAUACGAGCUUACCCCUUCACGUUCCUCGUCCAGAGUUUUGCUGCUCCAGCACGACAAGUCUCCGGCACACAGCGGUCUAGUUCACCGGCUCCUGCUCGUGUCAGCGAGGAUGAAGGCGUGGACAUGAAGCAAGUCGAUUUCCUCCUCAAUGAGAUGACCGCCAUGCUGAACAAGUGGUCGCUGUACACACGCUUCAUCACCGACAAAUGCAAAGACCCGACCGAAACGACUUCUCCAGACACAGACUCGAACACUAUCCCGCCAUUCCUCGCAAAUGCUCCUCUCUCGCGCAAAAUAGCAGAUAGACUGAUAGCCCCAUUCACGACCUUGACGACGUUUUUCUUCCGGCGUUCUGUCGAGAAGGCCUUUCAGCUCGACGAGCCGCCCGCAAACCUCAGCCUCAACCCUCACAAACCCUUCGCCUCGAACCCGCCACAUAUCACCUCGGCGAUCGAGGACAUCAUGUAUAUCAUCAACAAGAUCCUCACCCAGACCCUCUCGACAGGCGACGCCACAAUCGUCACCUCCGUCACCCCCAACCUCUCCCGCGUGCUCGGCUCCGACUUCAUCGGCAUGGAACAGCGUAAGAUGCGCGACGAGCACUACCCUCGCGCCGCCAUCCCAGGCCAACUUCCACCAGAAGUCACGAUCGUCCAGUUCAUGGUCCUGCUCAACAACCUGGACGUCGCAACGACGUACAUCGAGCAGAUCGUUAACUCCCGCCUCUCGCCCUCGACUACCACCACUACGCCCCUAGCCACCCUCUUUCCCAACCCAAUAACUCACACACAGAUCACCACCACCCUGCAAUCCCUCAGCACAAUCUUCGCCGAAAACCUCUACAAAAACGUCACUCUCCAGCGCCUGCGCCCAAUGCUCUCCGACGCCUUCCGCGACGCAGACUACACCCUAUCCCCAGCAGAACUCUCCGAACAGCUAGCCGAGAUGGGCCACGUCCCUUCCGACAACAUCACCACAGAGAACGAUGGCGCCGGCGAAGACUCGGGCAACAGCAGCAGCAGAUACUUCACAGCCCACGUCCGCCAACGCUUCGCUUUGGGGUGGGACGCGCUCACCAAACCCCUGGCCCGAAUCCUCACGGAAUCCAACAACGACAAACUGAUGUCCAUGACCAUCAAACGCGUCGGCGAACUCCUCGAGAAACGCAUCUGGACGUACGCUGCACCACCUGCCCACCAAGCCUCCCGCAGCAGCAUCGACGGUCUACCAGGCAGCCAGCACCCAACAGGCAUCAACGCCCUCGGCGCGCAGCGCCUCGAGCACGACAUCAACGAGAUCAUCCGAGUCGUUUGCCAGGGCAAGAAAUGGGCGUACAGGGAGUAUUUCGAGAAGGUGCGGCAGAUCUUGAUGGUGAUGAACGUUGAGGCGGAGGAGUGGGAGGAGUUGGAGCGGGAGGGGGAGUGGGAGGGUGUGGCGGAUAAGCUGAGUAGUGAGGAGAGGGUGCGGGCGAGGGGCUUGGUGACUGGCUAG